AUGUCUUUCAGUUUUUCUGCAACGGCUGUUGAUCCACACGGUACUCAUUUUUCGUCAGCAGCCAAUAUGUAUCACCAACAGUAUAUGUCACCCUUAACUGGUUCCUCGUCAUCGUCAACAGGCGGGUCGCCAACAGCAGCCGUUCAAAUUCCAGCGGCAAGUGUUGCCGCUAAUAUGCCAUUGUUAACAUCGAUUGCGAAUGUUAAAGAUUCACGUUGGCUAACGCUUGAAGUUUGUCGAGAAUUUCAACGCGGAAAAUGUACCCGGUCCGAACAAGAAUGUAAAUUUGCUCAUCCAUCUGCGCAUGUCGAAGUCAAUAGUGGCAAAGUUAUAGCCUGUUUUGAUUCACUGAAGGGUAAAUGCAAUCGUACGAAUCCACCGUGUAAAUAUCUUCAUCCGCCUCAACAUUUACGUGACAUUCUACUUCAGAACGGACGCAAUAAUCUUAUUCUUCGUAGUAUUGCUAUGAAUAUUGCUGCGAAUCAAGCUAUGUAUCCACAAACGGCAACCCAUUUGCCGUAUCCCAACGGUGCUAUACUUCAAAAUUCCCUACAACAAUCUGCGUCACUCGCGUCUUAUCCUCAGUUAAGUUCAGCUGGUCCAGCUCAAUCAGCGCUAGUAUUCAAUCAGGCUGGCCAAGCUUUUAGCAUUCCUCUACAUGCAACUCAUUUACAACAAUUAACACAAGGUACAAAUGCAACUGCUAUGUAUAGUCCAGAUGGUGCGCAAUAUUUUCAACCGGUGACACAACUAGCCGCUCAACAAACUGGACCGAAGAUAACUCGUACUGACCGUCUUGAGGUGUGCUAUGAUUUUCAGCGUGGACAAUGCUUUUAUACACUCGAUACAUGUCCGUAUGCACAUCCACCAGCACAUUGUCCACUUGAUGCAGAUGGUCUUGUUACUGUCUGCGUUGAUUAUGUUAAAGGAAAAUGUGCUCGUGAAACAUGCAAAUAUUUUCAUCCACCCGAUCAUCUUGUUGCACAAUUAAAAGCUGUUAAAGCACAAUCAGUCGCUGCUGCUGCUGCGCACGUUUAUUCAGCAGCAGCUGCUCUUCAAUAUUCACCGUCGACUUUUCAAUUUGUUCAGCCCGUUACAUUGAAUAGUAGUCAAUCGAUACUGUCUGCAUCGCCUACUACCUAUGUCUAUCCUCAACAAACAUCUAUUGCACCUGCUUCUUCUUCGCCAUUGCAACAACAAAAUAUUCCCGAAGAUGAUGGUACUUAUGCAAAUAGCUUUGUUUCUGCAUAUCAACCAUAUCCAGGACAUAUGCAAGCAAUUUAUGCACGAGCACCAUCUGUUGAUUUGAAAGAUUCGACGCUUAUGGUUUCGACAAAUCAUGAUACAUCAUCAUCAUCAUCAUCAUCAUCAACAGCAAAUGAUAUUAAGGCAGCGAUCGAUCCUGUCAGCAGCAGCAGCAUCACACCGCAGACAAAAAAACGACCGCUUGAAGACGAUACUGCUACUUCCGGUGCCUACCUACAGCUGCCACAUGGAGCACAGAUCAUUGCUGCACCACAGUAUAUUCAACAACAACAGCAAACAGCGGUAAAUACGCAACAUCAAAAACGUUCAGCUGUUGCUGACCCAAAAACGGGCAUACCCAUGGCUGCUUAUCCAGUAACAGCAUUUUCCUAUCCAUCUGCAUCACCCUUACCGAUGCAGUUUCAACAGCCUUAUCUAACUGCUGUUCCUAUGACUUUUACUGGAUAUACUUCCCAUUUGCCGAGACUUUAA